AGCGCCCAGCGGGGUCCGGACCGCGCGCCCCGCCGGCCCCCACAAGGCCCCUCUCCCCACCCGGGGCCCCCCGCCCCCCAGCGACCACCCCGGGCCCCAGCGGCUCCCAGAGGCCACCCCGGGCCGCCAUGCCGCUGCCCGCGCUGUGCCUGCUGCUGCUGCCCGCGCUGCUGCCCCUGGCGCCCGCGCAGAAGUUCUCGGCGCUCACGUUUCUCCGAGUGGACCAAGACCGGGACAAGGACUGCAGCCAGGACUGUGGGGGCGCCCCCCAGAGGCCACUGUGUGCUUCGGACGGCCGCACCUUCCUGUCCCGAUGUGAGUUCCAGCGUGCCAAGUGUAAGGACCCACAGCUGGACGUGGCCUACCGCGGGAACUGCCGGGACGUGUCCCGCUGUGUGGCCGAGAGGAAGUACACGCAGGAGCAGGCCCGGAAAGAGUUCCAGCAGGUGUUCAUCCCUGAGUGCAACGAGGAUGGAACCUACAGCCAGGUCCAGUGCCACAGCUACACAGGCUACUGCUGGUGCGUCACACCCGACGGGAGGCCCGUCAGCGGCUCUGCCGUGGCUCUCAAGACCCCCCACUGCCCAGGCUCAGUCAGUGAGAAGCUGCCCCAGCGGGAGAGCGCGGGAAAAGCAGUCUCCUUGCAAAUCUUUUCCGUUCUGAAUUCAGAUGAUGCCUCAGCGCCUGUCUUGGAGACCCAGCCUCAAGGGGAUGAGGAAGAUAUUGCCUCACGCUACCCCACACUCUGGACUGAGCAGGUGAAGAGUCGGCAGAACAAGACCAGCAAGCACUCAGCAUCCUGUGAGGAGGAGCGGCGGUCGGCCCUGGAGGAGGCUCGUCAGCCCCAGAGCGACGUGGUGGUCCCCGAGUGUGCCCCAGGAGGCCUCUACAAGCCCGUGCAGUGCCACCCCUCCACCGGCUACUGCUGGUGUGUGUUGGUGGACACCGGCAGGCCCAUCCCGGGCACGUCCACCAGGUACGAGCAGCCCAAGUGUGAUCACACGGCCAGGGCCCACCCCAGCCGAGCCCGGGACCCAUACAAGGGCCGCCAGCUCCAAGGCUGCCCCGGGGCCAAGAAGAAUGAGUUUCUCACCAGCGUCCUGGACGCGCUGUCCACCGACAUGGUCCACGCUGUGUCGGACCCCGCCUCCUCAGGCAGGCUGUCGGAGCCAGACCCCAGCCACACGCUGGAGGAGCGUGUAGUCCACUGGUACUUCCGGCUGCUGGACAAGAACGGCAGCGGUGACAUCGGCAAGAAGGAGCUGAAGCCCUUCAAGAGGCUGCUGCGUAAGAAGUCCAAGCCCAGGAAGUGCGUCAAGAGGUUCGUGGAGUACUGUGACGGUGACGGCAGCAAGGCCCUGUCCCUACGUGAACUCACGGGCUGCCUGGGUGCCAGCAAGGAGGAUGGCAAGGCCGCCAGGAGGCCCCCCGCCCCCCGAGGUCAUGCUGACGGCACCGCCAACAAGCAGCAGAGGAAACAAGGCUAGGCGGCCCCUCCCUGGCCCCGGGGACCGGCAGCCCCCUCACCAGUCAGCAAUUCGGACCAAACCCCCAAAGAAGAGCUUCUACCUUCUAACCUUCACGUGGGCCCGCCUCCUAGAACAGCUGUCUGAGCAGGCCGGGAGCUGGGGCGGAGGGCCAGCCGCACACGUCUCACUCCACGUCCUCGUCACCGUCACCUGCCCACGGCGCAGCCAGGGAUCUCGGGGACAGUCACCAGCCUGUGCAGCCUCUGCUGAGCCCAGGCCCAGCCCCUGCUAGCGUGGUCACCCAGGGUUCAAGUGCCCGCAGGGCCAUCUGCUGGACUGGCCUAGAGGAGGGCACGGAGUGGGAGCCAGAGCUGCAGGGGCCAGGAGGGCUGGUGGCAGCGACGCGGGCGUGGCUUCGCUUUCCAGAGAGUUCCACUAUGGCUGAGAGUCUCCAGAGCUCCUCAACUGGGGGCUCAGAAGCCCCCAUCUCCAUCCUGAACCCCUGUUUUGCCUGAGGGCCAGGAAGUGGGUUCCUACCGGCUUGCUCCCUGCCCAGCUCCGGCCUCCUUCCACCCAGCCAGGCCCCCAGAAAAGCAGCCAGUCUCCUUGGGUGGCCACCCUGCCCCUGCAGGCCCCUCCCUUUGCACCCCAGAGAGACAGUGGGCCUGUCUCCCCUCAGAGCCCCAGUUCCCUGUGAUGGGUGCUGAGGGCCUCUGGGGACCCUCCCCCCCCUUCCCCCCCCCCCACACACCGCCCCUGGCUACGAGUCUCAGCUGGAAAGAGACACACACACCCCCCACCCAGCACGGGCCCGGGGAAGAGGGAGCCAGCUGGGCCCUUGGGGUCAGCGGCGUGACUGUGCCCAGGGGCCUGUCCCUGCGAGAGACGGCCCAGUUCAGUGCUCUGGUAGCCGAAUGUGGAAUUUAAUCAUCUAUCUUAGAUUAAAGUGAAAUGCGCUCUCA